AUGGCAAGCCCAUGUACCUACAGACACAAUGGAGCUUCUCGUCAUCAGAUGUACUUCGAUGCUGAGCUCGACUACAACUUAGGGGCUGAGUUCGAUGACAGCUUCAUCUCCGAGUACGCCGUCGCUCACGUGGCGCAUGAGCUCCUUGGAAUGAAACACGAGCACCAGCGUAGCUUGUGGGUCACAUCCUGCACUUCUUCGGUUAUUCCAUUGGCCGACUCUCAGGCGACGAGUACGUUGGCUUUCAGUGCGACGAGCUUGCCGACUACGAGGACUGAGCUGCUGCAUGUCGUAACAUUGCCAAUUGCAACAUCGAGCAAAUAUGCGAGAACUUCGAAGCGGCACAUGACCUUAAGUUCAAUGCCAAAUCCUACACCAUCGGCACCGAAAGCUACAUAG